AGCCGGGCUGGGUGAAAAAAAAAAAAAAAACUACACAGGCUGUGGGACUCGAGGCGACUAUAAAACCGCUUUCUUGCCCAUUGUGUUGAUGUAGUCAAGAAAUAUACCGUAACGUAAAGACAGAGACGGAGAUGGAGGAGUGAGGCGGGACCGGUUGCGUGGCUGCUAAGAAACGCUUGUCUUGCGGUUUGCGAGCAAACUUUGUGAGGAGAUUUAUUUGUGGCGGGGUCUGCCGAUGACAAUCCUCUGAAACUUUAACUCUCUUAUUUGAGACACAGCAGUGCGCAUAAACAAGACUUUUAUUAAUUUAAUUCUCGUAAGAGAAACGGCAAGUCAGAAAUUAGUUUUGCGAGUUGUAUAUCUGUCCUCUAGUCACAGUUUGAACAUAAGCGAGACAGUAUUAGAAGAGGUAUUUUACUGACUAGGGUCUCCGUACAGUUGACGCGGCUGAAAUGGGAGCGGGUGACGGGCGCUCGGUGUCCGCGGUUCACCGGAGCUCUUUCCUCCUGAGGACGGUCCUACUGCUGAUUCUGGGGCUGACGUGCGUUCAGGGGACGUGGGGACCCGGAGUUUACAAAUACCAGACCGGGACAGCGCUCCUCAAAGAUCAGUCAAAGAGGAACUGGUGUCCGCAGACAGUGACUAAGACAGUGACCUGUCAGGUGCAGAAUGGCACUACUCUCCAGAGGGUCUAUCAGACCUGCAGGUGGCCUCAGGGAUGCAAUGGAGGAAGCUAUCGCACUGUGGUCCGGCCAUCCUAUAAAGUCGUGUACCGCACCAUCACCUCUCUAGAAUGGAAAUGUUGUCCCGGAUACAGAGGACCUCAGUGUGAGGAAGGAUCAUCGAGUAACCUGGUUGCCCAGGAGGCUGUAAGAAAACAGGCUAUACUUCUGAAACCUGCUUCUAAAACAGGAGAACAUAUCUCAAACUGUCUGAACUGCAGUCGUAUCACUGCCCUCACAGAUCGUGUGAGCUCUCUGGAGGCCAAGGUUCAGCUUCUUACCGCUCCUGCCUCCACCUCUCAUCAACAGACGCAGUUAAAAAAUGAACCUGACUCCUCCUUACUGAUGGGGGCUACACCUGCCAAAGGUUCUCCUGGGGCUCAGGGUCCUGCAGGUCCACAGGGCGAGAGAGGCCAGGAUGGCUUACCCGGUAAAGACGGUAAACCAGGGUUUCGAGGUCUGCCAGGACCCAAAGGUGAUGCGGGCAGCAGAGGUCCAUCUGGGGCUCCAGGGUCUAAAGGAACAGCUGGUCCUCCAGGUCCUCAGGGACCACCGGGCCUCCCAGGAGAGAGGGGCCUCCCUGGGCCACCCGGCCCUCCAGGGCCCCCUGGACCACCAGCCCCUGUACCUGAACAAGAUGUUACAGGCCUGAAAAAAGACAGUCUGCUUCACAACAACUUCCCUGACCUCCGAGUGACCCCUUCAAACGGACCCCCAGGUCCACCUGGACCCACCGGUCCUCCAGGACCGUUAGGACCCAGUGGACCACCGGGCCCUAUGGGACAAACUGGAAAGCCAGGAGCUCCUGGUUUGCAAGGCCCUGUGGGACCAAAAGGCGAACGAGGAGAAAGAGGACCUCUUGGAUAUCCAGGAGAGAGAGGGUUCAAAGGAGAGCCAGGAGCACCAGGACUUAAAGGAGAGCCUGGGGAGAAAGGUCUUCCGAGCGAAUUGAACGGGGAUGGGAUACACCAAAUCCGCGAGGCCCUGAAGAUCUUAGCCGAGAGGGUUUUAAUCCUCGAGACUAUGAUCGGUAUCCAUGAACCAGAUCUAGGGUCAGGAGAUGGCGUCUUUGGCACACCGUCUCCAGAUGUCUACCGGAUUAAGAGGGCAAGGAUGUCAUCUUUCCGAGUCAAUUCUCCCUUAAUCACUGCUGAGACCAGGGUUCGUGGGAAGUAGUCUGCAUAUUCCAAAGAGCGAAGCCAUCGUUUCCAUCUCAAUUUCAUCAUCAGUAAAUCAGCUGAACUGGCAACAACUAGGGUUGCAAAAAGGUGGAAACCUUCCAGUAAAUUUCACAAAUAUUCCAGAAUUUUUUUAAAAGUUCCAGGAUUUUUCCCUUUGGAUUCCUGGGAUUUUUGGAAAUUAACCAGAAGUGUUCCACUCCUUUGCAACCCUAGCAACAACUACACAAGUCUCCUGAGACACACACAUUCUACAGAUCCAACCGCUUUGGAAUAUUCCAGUUAUUCAAGAAGGGGGAGACACCUCAGGGAAGACCAAAUGGUGCUGUAUAAAUUAACCACCUCUAAUGGGACUCACAGGUUCCUAGCACCUCUCCUCUGGCAAGUUAUAUGUUGUGUCACUCUUUCGACAUAACGAAUAGAAUCAGUCUCAAAAUCAAUUUGUCAAUUUGUUGUUUCACAUGAAAAAGGAAACGUUUUAAAAUAUGAUAUACAGAAACAGUAUUGGUGCUUGUGUAAUUGUUUAACAAAAUUGUGGGCAAAGAAGGGUACAAAAUGUGAUGGAGAUGAAGAACGUUUUUUUAGGAGAGCAUCAAACCAUAUUAUUAGUCUUUCCAGCUGCUGUUAGGAGCUCAUAGUAACUUCAGCAAAUGUACUGUAUGACAAAAUGCACAUAACAAUUCUGCUAUUCAGCCAAACUCCACACUUUCCCCAGUGAUAAAACUGAUUUCAUAUUCUGUUCCUUGGAUUAAAUGCACUAUGUAGAUAGAGAAUCACCUUGUUUUUGUUUUUUUACGAGAAAGGACAACUGAAGGACAUAAACAUGUAUAAACUUUAAUAAACCGUUCUGUUGUGAUAGGCUUUGGGCUUGGGUUCCCUCUGACUUUUUAAACAGACUAAACUUGUAACUAGAUUUGAAUAAGUGAAAACAAUUUUUUUUUUCUCUUUUUGUUAAAACAUGCAUUUGAGCAUGAUUUUAAGUAGCUCUGAAUCAAAUUUUAGGAAUCUCCUCUAGUUCAGGACAACAAUUAUUAAGUAACCCUAUAAUAAAUAAACUAAAAAUGUGCAAUUGUGUGAGCUAGAGGAGACAGAACCAUAAACUACACAAUAUCCAACUGGAGCACAAGGGGAAGCAGGAAAACUACUCAUAUAACUUGAAUUCUGUUUCCAUGUUUCAUGCAUGUCUUUUCAUCACAGUUACAUGCACAACAGAGGCAUGGGUUUCCUUUCUCAAUACCUUUCUAUUCCUAUAUAAAAUAUUGUUGUAUUAAUUAUUUAUAGAUGACUAUUAGCAAUUGAUGUUUUCUCUACUCUGUAUACCAAUUCAUGUAACGUCACCUGUAUUUUUUUCCAUUUCUAGCCUCUUGUGUGAACUUGUCUCGCCAGUGUGCAGAGUCUUACCAAUUGAUGUUAAAAUGAAAUAAACUUUGUUGUGUGUUUCUA